GCCCGGCCCCGCCUUUCCGUCCGCCGCUAGGACCGCGUGCUUCCGCCCUCGGCUGCUCGGCGGCUCCGAGCGCUGUUUCGGGGAGAUCUGCCCGUUCGCUAUGAGGCCGCCGAAAGCAGUGCCGUGGUGGCGGUUCGCCAAGGUCUCCUUCGGGUUGUACACCGCCGAAGAGAUCAGGAAACUGAGCGUAAAAGCCAUAACAAAUCCUCAGUAUUUGGAUAACGUGGGCAAUCCUUCUGUUAAUGGAUUGUACGACCUGGCUCUGGGGCCUCCUGAUUCCAAAGAAGCGUGUGCAACGUGCAUGCAGAACUUCAGCAACUGCCCAGGGCACUUUGGCCAUAUAGAACUGCCUCUGACUGUCUACAACCCUCUGUUUUUUGAUAAACUAUACCUUCUAAUUCGAGGUUCUUGUUUAAAUUGUCACAUGCUGACAUGUACUCGAGCUGUGGUUCAUUUGCUGCUAAGUCAACUGAAGGUUCUGGAGCAUGGGUUGCUUCAUGCUGUCCAUGAUCUUGAAGUCAUCUUAAAUAGGUUUUUAGAGCAAAGUGCAGAUGCAACAGCUCUAGAAAUUGAAGAAGAAUUAAAUCGCCAUGUUGAUGAAAUAUUGCAAAGUCAAGAACUGAGUGAUCAGUGUUCAAACGUGAAAAAUGUUUGUGAGUGUAGAAAUAAAUUGAUAUCCCAGUUCUGGAAAGCACAUAUGACUUCGAAGAAAUGCCCAAACUGCAAAUCAAGGAGAUCACUGGUGCGAAAAGAACAUAACAGCAAGCUGACAGUAACUUACCCUUCUACAGUGUUUCAUAAGGCAGGAGUGGAAGGUGUCACGGAUGAACCAGUAGCUAUUGAUGAAACUCAGUUAGGGAAGAGAGGAUACCUGACACCAAUGACUGCCAAGGACUUUGUCUUGGCUCUGUGGAAGAAUGAAGGUUUCUUUCUGCGUUACCUCUUCCCUGGGAUGGAUCCCCAUAAGGACUCAGCUUUCAGCCCAGAUAUGUUUUUUUUAGAUCUGCUUGUAGUUCCACCUUCAAGGUAUCGUCCUAUAAAUCGUGUUGGAGAUCGGAUGUUUACAAAUGGUCAGACUGUGAACCUUCAGGCUGUCAUGAAAGAUGCCACCCUGAUCAGGAAGCUCUUGGUUUUCAUGGCAAAAGAACAGUGCCAGCCAAUUAAAAUUGUAGAAGACAAAAUCCAAACAGAGACAGGGGAGAGUGAGCCUCUGGACCGUUCCGUGUUGGCAACGAUUCCAGGACAGACCAUUGCAGACAAGCUUUAUAACGCUUGGAUUCGUCUUCAGACCCACGUCAACAUUGUGUUUGACAGUGACAUGGACAAAUUGAUGACUGAGAAAUACCCUGGUAUUCGUCAGCUAUUAGAGAAAAAGGAAGGACUGUUCCGCAAGCACAUGAUGGGAAAACGUGUGGAUUUUGCAGCUCGAUCGGUCAUUUGCCCUGAUAUGUACAUUGGUACCAAUGAGAUUGGCAUUCCCAUGGUAUUUGCUACCAAACUGACCUAUCCUCAGCCAGUCACUCCCUGGAAUGUCAAAGAGCUGAGGCAGGCUGUCAUAAAUGGCCCAAAGGUUCACCCUGGGGCUUCCAUGGUCAUUAAUGAAGAUGGAUCUCGUACAGUGCUGAGUGCAAGCAGCUUGACCCAGAGAGAAGCUAUAGCUAAGCAGCUUCUCACGCCUUCUUCAGGUGCACCCCAGUCAGGACUGAAGAUUGUGAGUACAACAAAGACUUGGCUUAUCAGAACCUUCACUUUAUGGUUGGGUUUUUUGUUCUUACUAGUGAUUCUCAAACAUGCUCACAAAAGCUCCCUGGGCAAGGUUAUCUUGUCUUUUAGCAUGUGGCUUGGGAAAGGUUAAGGUGCUGUGUGAGAG